GCACGAGUAGUUCCUGUGCCUCAGAUACACACUCGGACAGGAGAGAGGAAUGGCACCGUUCAGACUGACCUACUGCCCACUCAACUGACACAUCUACAGGUCUGGCAAGCUUUUUGGACCAAACCUGCGCUUUUGGAUCGUUGUUGUAACUUACAGAAGUGGAGCUAACCAAAACCCCAAGAGAAAAAGGGGGGGGAAAAAAACAUGGAGACGCUCAGAAGAGAAAGUUGAUAGACUUUGCCGGACAGCGGACUCUGCUUUUCUCUGUUUCGGAAAGGAGUGAGAGGAAAAAGAGGAUUUACAGCAGCUGAAAGGACUGAGGAAAAGAAAACCAGUGAAUUUCAAAAGCUAUUUUGGCUUGGUGCCGUUUUUUUCCUUUUGUCCUUUUCUUGUCUCCUGUUUGAACUUUUUUCCUGUUGGACACAUGUAGAGGGGAAACGUUCGAGGGACGUCCGAUUUGAACAAGCAACAACAUUUUCAAGCGGGAAGGGAAAGAAAGCAAAUGAAAAUGUUGGAGAUAUGCCUGAAAUUGGUGGGGUGUAAAUCUAAGAAAGGCCUCUCGUCCUCCUCCAGCUGUUACUUGGAAGAAGCUCUCCAGAGACCAGACUUUGAGAGUCAGGGUCUGACAGAAGCGGCCCGCUGGAACUCCAAAGAGAACCUGUUGGCCGGACCCAGCGAGAAUGACCCCAACCUGUUUGUCGCACUCUAUGACUUUGUGGCCAGCGGCGACAACACACUCAGCAUUACUAAAGGAGAGAAGCUGCGUGUGCUGGGUUACAACCACAACGGCGAGUGGUGCGAGGCACAGACCAAGAAUGGCCAGGGAUGGGUGCCAUCCAACUACAUCACUCCAGUCAACAGCCUGGAGAAGCACAGCUGGUACCAUGGACCCGUGUCACGCAACGCUGCAGAGUACCUGCUCAGCUCGGGCAUCAACGGAAGCUUUCUGGUGCGGGAGAGCGAGAGCAGCCCCGGCCAGAGGUCUAUCUCUCUGCGGUACGAGGGGAGAGUCUACCAUUACAGGAUUAACACUGCGUCUGACGGCAAGAAUCUCUUUCUCCUUCAGCUGUACGUCUCGUCGGAAAGCCGUUUCAACACGCUGGCGGAGCUGGUGCACCACCAUUCCACGGUGUCCGACGGCCUCAUCACCACGCUGCACUACCCGGCGCCGAAGCGCAACAAGCCAACCAUCUACGGAGUCUCUCCCAACUACGACAAGUGGGAGAUGGAGCGCACUGACAUCACCAUGAAGCACAAGCUGGGAGGGGGCCAGUACGGGGAGGUGUACGAGGGCGUUUGGAAGAAGUACAACCUCACUGUGGCCGUCAAGACACUAAAGGAGGAUACGAUGGAGGUGGAGGAGUUUCUCAAAGAGGCUGCUGUCAUGAAAGAGAUCAAACACCCCAACCUGGUACAACUGUUAGGUGUGUGCACGCGGGAACCACCGUUCUACAUUAUCACAGAGUUCAUGACCCAUGGUAACCUACUAGACUACCUGAGGGAGUGCAACAGAGAGGAGGUGAAUGCGGUGGUGCUGCUCCACAUGGCCACACAGAUAUCCUCUGCUAUGGAAUACCUGGAGAAAAAAAACUUUAUACACAGGGACCUGGCUGCCCGUAACUGUCUGGUCGGGGAGAACCACCUUGUAAAGGUCGCGGACUUCGGCCUGAGCCGGCUGAUGACUGGUGACACCUACACGGCUCAUGCUGGGGCCAAGUUCCCCAUCAAGUGGACCGCUCCAGAGAGUCUGGCCUACAACAAGUUCUCUAUCAAAUCUGAUGUCUGGGCAUUUGGUGUGCUGCUGUGGGAGAUCGCCACCUACGGCAUGUCUCCCUACCCCGGCAUCGACCUGUCCCAGGUGUACGAGCUGCUGGAGAAAGACUACCGCAUGGACCGACCAGAGGGCUGCCCCGAGAAGGUCUACGAGCUCAUGAGGGACUGUUGGAGGUGGAACCCUUCAGAACGUCCGUCUUUUGCCGAGACACACCAAGCCUUCGAGACCAUGUUCCAGGAGUCAAGCAUCUCAGAUGAGGUGGAAAAAGAGCUCGGCAAGAAAGGGAAGAAGGCAACAUUAGGUCCCAUCCAGCAGGCUCCAGAGCUGCCCACCAAAACCAGAACUCUCCGCAAGAACAUGGAUAACCGGGAUGGAGAUAGUCCAGACCUUUUGGAGCCGGAUGUAGCUGUGUCUUCACCCAUGCUCCCCAGGAAAGAGCGCCCCCUCCUGGACAGUAACCUGAAUGAGGACGACCGCUUGAUACCCAAAGACAAGGACAAGACACGAGGCAGUGGCUUUCUCAGCCUCAUAAAGAAGAAGAAGAAGAAUGCACCAGCUCCACCCAAACGCAGCUCCUCUUUCAGGGAGAUGGACAUCCAUCCUGACAGGAGGGGCGUGACUCCAGAUCUUCGAGACAGUGAGAGCUUCAACAACGGUGCAUCUUUGGCCAUCAACGACAUCACGCACGGCCUCGACUCCGCAAAGUUCCUGAGUAACAAUAAUGGGGCAGGGGGCCUCACCAACGGGGCUCCAACCUACCCGGGGCCUUUAUUUCCCAGGAAGAAGGGAGCUCCUGCCGUGCCCGGCCCCGGAGGGAAAGCGGCUACAACACCGCCCAGCGAGGAGGAAUCAAUGUCCAACUCCAAGCGUUUCCUGUGGUCCUCCAGCAUGGCAACUGGCUCAGACGGCACUGAAUGGAAGUCUGUCACACUUCCGCGAGACCUCGGCCAGCGGCACUUUGACUCGGGCACCUUCGGGGGCAAGCCGGCUCUGCCACGCAAGAGAACCAGCGAGCAAAAAGGGGAGAACGCCCCUCGAAAGGGCACCCUGACUCCCCCGCCACGUCUGAACACCUUAUCAGAUGUUUCCUCUGCAUUCCUAGGCAGAGACACUGAUAUCAGUCCUGGUUCCAGUCCCCAGACAUUAACACCUAAGGUGGUCAGGAGACCCGGGCUGGGGGGACUGGAGAACUCCAAGACCAGCGCUCUCCACGCGGAGCUUCUCAAGCCCAAUGUGUUCCCUGCUUUGGGGGCAGCUGGAGAAGAGUGCAGGGCCCGCAGACACAGGCACCCUGUGGACUCGUCGUCAGUCAGGGAAAGAGGAAAGUUACAGAAACCCAAGCCAGCACCACCUCCACCACCCACCAAUGCCAAAACGGGCAAGGUUUCCCGCAGUCCCACUCAAGAGCUCCCGUCUCCCUCAUCCAUCACCUCAGAGAUCAAAGCUAAGGGCCUCCCUUCUUUCUCAGAGCCCCACCACACAACCACUGCCAGUGACCAAGCGCGUUCUCCCCUCAGUGAGGGCUCCAAGAAGCUGCCCCUGGGCUCCACCUCCAAACCUCAACCGUUAAAGACCUCCUCCUCCUCCACUUCAGUGAGCACCUCCCUCUCCAGCCAGAGCCUAGGAGGCUUCUCCUCCUCCCUCACCUCCCCCGGCGACCUGAGCUCGCCCACUGCUUUCAUCCCCUUAGUGAACACCCGACGCUCCCUCCGCAAGACUGCACCCCGCCAGGCCGCCGAGCGCACCCCGAACUCGGCUGUGACACGGAAGAUGGUGCUGGAAGGCACCGAGCUGCUCCGCGCCGCCAUUUGCCGCAACUCGGAGCAGACGGGCAGCCACAGCGCCGUGCUGGAGGCCGGCAAGAACCUGUCCAAGUACUGCGUGAGCUACGUCGACUCCAUACAGCAGAUGAGGAACAAGUUCGCCUUCCGCGAGGCCAUCAACAAGCUUGAGAACAGCCUGCGUGAGCUGCAGAUCUGCCCCACCGCCACAGGGGGUGCCAAUGCACAGCAGGACUUCAGCAAGCUGCUGUCCUCCGUCAAAGAGAUUAGUGACAUUGUUCAGAGGUAGCGCCAUAAAAACUUAAACUACCAACAUAUAAAACUGACAUGAACCGUAUCUAAGACUACCCUUUUUUCUGAGAAUGCGCAUGAACUGCGGCAGAUGCCGAGCUUGCGUCGGAGAUCUGAGGGUAAAGCCUGCAGGAGAGCAGCAGCAGCAGCAGAGUGAAGGUUUCACACCACAGUACACUCUGAAACACUUCAGCCUGUGGUUAUUGUUGAUGGAAUCUCUCCGGCGACGUCGUCAGACAGAGAUGCAAUAUUGAAAAGCCUUAACAUUGAACGAACAGUGUCUUCUGGCCUUCAUGAGAGGCGAGGGGCCAAUUCUUAAUCAACAUGACUUUUCACCAAUCAUUUUUGAAAUGAUCAUGUCUUAUGUAUUCUAGUUGUGUGUCGUCGUCGUCGUCCCCCCUUCAUCCAUGACCCCAGUAGAAAAGAGGCCUGUGAUAUUUGUUUCCAUCACUGUUAGUGUUCGGUUUUUCAUUGAUGCCGAUGACAAUGAGCAAAAAACAAACACUUUAACCUCAACUCGUUCUAGGAUGCCUUCUAAGACUUAAACGACUGAUCUCGCAGUUUCCUGUAAGAAUUCGGGAGCUUCUGGAACCACAGUGUUAUGACAUGAAGCCUCUGUCCAACACAUCCCAACAUUUUGCCAUUUCAUCAGUGAUUGGUCGUGUGCUGAGUGACGGAAACGUGCCAGUGAUUGUUCUGUAUGAAUGCCUUUUGCAGUAUUUGCAACCAUGUGCCAUAAAAUAAUAAUGGGAGCAAGCAAAUGAGGCAGAAUGAGCUGGUGGCCUUCACCUUUGGUAACAAAUAGUGCCUUAAACACAUUUGGCAGAGCUGUUGAAGAUUUGCCACAUUACAAGUGCAGAAUUGUGGUUACAGAUAGCCGUGUCUUCAAUUUUGUUUAUUGGAUGUGUGAUGCCAUACCAAAAAAAAAAUGUUAUCUCCAGUCUGUACUGGAGAGGGACCAGGGUGCACGAUCUGCUACUUAGUGGAUCUGACUGUUGUUUUAUGUUGUCCUUAGACUGGACCUUUUUUAUUAUUUUCAUUAAACUGACCCAACUUUCUUUACAUGCCAGUCACAGAAGCCAUCAGUAGCAGCUCGGCCUCGCAACAGCAUGCUGUUUGAUCUGUUAAGGGGGGUCAGACUGAAAAAGUGUCACUUCUGACCACUGAGGGACAUCAUGGCCGUUUCUCAAUAUGUGAACUUCUCUGUACUUGUGUCCUCGUGAACUUGUGAAACGUCAUCUAGCGCGGCCCAAGUACUGUUCCAAUACACAAGUUCGCAUCCAGCCAAGUACGGUCCAGAUACCCGGAAGUGUCCUCGCUCCGCCCAUUAUAUCGGGGAUGCAUCGGAGGAGACUUGUGUGGACUUUGGACAGCCAAGUCUCCCAGAAUGCAUUUCACCAGCAAACAAGAGACGACAGUGGCGGAGACGACUCACAACUGUCAGUUAUAACUGUCUAAAUACUGCUGUUGUUGUGUAACGGAAUUUAGUUUUAACAUUUUUUUAAGCGAGAAUGUAGUUAAGACUUAAAAUAUGCGGUCAAUUUAUCAAGAUAGAGCCUGUUUGAAAAAAGCGCCGACGUUUGUCGGAGAUAUGAGAGGACCAGAGAGGAGACCGGGCGGUGGUGCUCAUGCAUCCCGCUGACAGCAGCCUGAUCUCGGCAAGGCCUCUCCAGAUGUGCCGCUGGCUCCGGUGUCUCUGUGGUUGUGGUUGGAGAUGUAACACAAAACAUAUACAUAUUAAUAUUUUAAUAUUUUCUAAAUGAAAACGAAAAAAGGCAGGGUUGUGUUUUAUAUCAUAUUUCGUUUUAUUGUCAAUAUAUAUGACUGAAGAUAACCGGAGUAAGCGGGACCGACGAGCUGAGUUGGUGACGUUGGUGACAUCAAGUUCGCUGCUGUUCCAAUUGCAAAAUGACCGUACUGCGUCCUCCCGAGUCGAACUAUCCAAGUAUGAACUUGCAAGUUUGCAAGUCCAUACUUGACCAUACUUGGUAUUGAGAAACGGCCAUGUCGAUGGAGGGCUUAUGUCACGUGGCCAAAAUGCUGUUUCAGAGGCUUUCCACCCCAGCAGAAAAAAUAUAAAUAUAUAUAUCCUGGGGGAAACACUGGACUGAAAUGUUUAUGGAUCUGUCACUUGCUGUCUUACAAGAUAAUGAAUAAGCGAGAAGCUGACCAUUACAGACUAAAAGAACCCAUGAAUUUCCACUGUAACGUCGUACGUUCCUUUAUGCCCGUCAGUAACUCUUGGACAUUCUCAGCAUUCGUGCUGUGGUCGCCUCACCCCCGUGUGCCCUAUCUGACUGCGAUGCCUGACCGACACAAGUCAACUGCAAGCUGCCUUGACUUCAACAUGGUACUGUUAGUGUUGGCUCUCUAUUUUUUUUAUUCUGCUCCUUACCACCAUACCACUACUCAUCUUUAAUGUCUAAAGCCUCCUCACCAAUUUUGUAGACAAACUUUGCUUUCCUUUGUAAAUAUGUUUUCUGUUUUCCUAUUUCUCU